AUAUCAUUGAGGUGUCGAUUCAAGCUUGAAUUGUGUCAAUGGAUGAUUCUCCACCAGCAGAGGAGCUUCUAAACCGGCUUCAAGUACUGGAAGAGGACCUCAAGCAAGAACUGCCGACCGUGUUCAUGGACAACUCCUACUCCUAUGCCGAACGGGAAAGCCAUAGAGCUCUGGCCGUGUCGCGGUGCUCAAGAUUCUCUUCAAAAAGGAGGAUCAGCAGUGGCAGCCGGCUGCCCCCAACUCUGAACUUCAGUGAUCGGCAGUGUCUGAACAUAUUGCAGUCAAUUGGACAAGCUGUUUAUAUAUUUGAUCUUGACUGUCGUAUAAUUUACUGGAACAAAGCCGCUGGAAAUCUAUUUGGUUAUUCUGUUGCGGAGGUCCUUGGACAGAAUGCCCUCGAGCUCUUAGCAGAUCCCCAAGCCUUUGUUGUAGGACAAGAUCUCGUUCAACGUCUCACCAAUGGGGAGAGCUGGACAGGGCAGUUCCCAGUCAAGAACAAAAUGGGGGAAACAUUUUUAGCCAUUACAACGAAUACUCCAUUUUGUGAUGAUGAUGGCACUUUUAUUGGGGUUAUUUGCGUCUCAAGUGAUGUCCGCCUUUUUCAAGAUAAGAAGGUGUUGAGUGAGCUGCUCCAUUCAAGCAGCAAAUCUGGACUACUGCUCCAACAACUGACAUAAUCACUUGUGUAGUUAAUGCAGCCGUAUUGCAUGA